AACUCUUGUCUCUUGCAGGUUUAGUGCGGGAACAGGAAGCAGGUCUGCGGGACUUCCUGUCACACGAUGGCUUUUCAGUGCUGAUGAGGGGGAUGCAGUCAGACAGUGAGAAACUGAGAACUAAAUCAGCGUUCCUUCUGUUAAACCUUCUGACCAGUCAUCCAGAACACAAAGAUGCAGUGUUGUCUAUGGGGAUGGUUCAGCAGCUGGUGUCAGUUCUUCGCUCCCCUCAUUCAUCUGUACAUGAACAUGUGCUAGGUGCCCUCUGCUGUCUGGUUGAGGACGCUCCCCGCGGUGUGAGCGAUUGCAGAGAUCCAUCGCUUGGCUUGGAGGAACUGCUCAACCAGCGAGUGCAGGACCUAAGGGGGCGAGAGGAGAGCCUGGAGGAGCUGGGAUUUUGUGAACGUUUACGAGUGGCUUGUUUCCAAGGGCAACCCCAGGACGAUAAUGGAAUGGACCGCUGAGGUCUUAUUGGCGAUUCCUGCUACGCAGUGACCCGACAACAUAAAAGUA